UAAAAACACAGGCAGAGGAAGGAAGCGACGACACCAAGCCAGCUCGAAGCUCUUGCUCAGCCGCAUUUUACCAGGCAGACACUGACACUUUGUAAAUAAAUAAAUAUAUAAACCGUUUUUAGUUAUUCUGUUAUUAUUAUUUCGUCGCUGUCCCAGUUCCUCCCGCUGCCAACUGGCUGACUUUGAUGCAAUAUGCCUUCAGAGAAAACCUUCAAACAAAGAAGGACAUUCGAACAGCGAGUAGAAGAUGUCAGGCUGAUCCGAGAGCAGCACCCUAACAAGAUUCCUGUGAUCAUUGAGAGAUAUAAAGGAGAAAAACAGCUCCCCAUCCUGGACAAGACCAAGUUCCUGGUGCCAGACCACGUCAACAUGAGCGAACUCAUUAAGAUCAUCAGGAGGCGCCUCCAGCUAAACUCCAAUCAGGCUUUCUUCCUGUUGGUCAACGGCCACAGCAUGGUGUCUGUGUCUGCCGCCAUCUCUGAGGUGUACGAGCGGGAGCGAGACCAAGAUGGCUUCCUGUACAUGGUGUACGCCUCCCAGGAGACCUUUGGCACUGCAGCGGCCGCCCAGUGAACAGCCUUCCUUCCUUCCUUCCUACCUACCUACUUCCAGCUGCCCGGCAAUUGGACAUCUGUAGUUUUUAGUCUCCUUCCUCCAUGUUUCUCACCACACACCUCGUAGUCUUGUCCGUAUUAAGUAGACCACAGACACAAACUGCUAGAUCUAAACACGGCAUUUAAUCAUGUCUCAGGCCCAUUUGGUUCAGGGUGUGAUCACACUGAGCACAAACCCUGUUUAAGGUAUAGAAAUUCCUCUAAAUCUGACAGUGGCUCAGGCCCGUCGUCUUUUAGUGUGUCACCCUGUUGGCCGCCUUGUGUCGAUGGCAGUUGCUGUCAGUGUUGUGGUUCCACAUCUCCUUCCUCAGCUGCAUUAAUGUUAAUGUUCAGGUUGUCAUGUUAUAAUAAGGUGAUGGGGCUUUAUAUAUGUGUGUGUAUAUGUACACACACACAUAUAUAUAUAUAUAUAUAUAUAUAUAUAUAUAUAUAUAUAUGUAUAUGUGUGUGUGUGUGUGUAUAUUAGUGAAAAUCAGCUUCUGUACUGACGUUUUCAGAGACAAAGGAGAUUUAAAGGGUGUCUGGGUUUACAUGUUUUUAAUGGAGGUUUUAAUUGGCUUUGGGAUUUUUUUCCUUUGCCAGAAAAACCAAAAAGAUCCCCAAUCAACUCGUCUCUGCUUCAUCUCUCAUCACAUUCCCCUUAAAGGUCCUUGUUUGGUGUUUUUAAUCCCUCCCUGCCUUGUAGCCAGAAGCAUCUUUACUGUAAUGGAGAUGUUAGGAAACUGCUUUGCUCUUGAAACAUGAUUGUAGUUUGCAAAAAAAGAAAAGAAAAUAUAAAAAUGCCUUGGCACAGAAGAGUUUGACUUUGAAUAUUAAAGAGGUUCCGAUGGGAGUGUAACCAAGCCAAUUUUGGACACACUACAUGGAGCAUGGUCUGAUUGCAUAUGGAGGAUGAAGGUGUUUUUGUAAAUGCUGAUGAUGAUGAGGAGGGGGGAGGUGUUCCAUGUCCUGGUUUUCUCCCUUGUAAUUCCCCCCGUGUGCAGGUUGACAGGUCUCGACUGUCUGACCUGUUGAGGUUUUAUUUCCCUGAGCUGUCUCUGUAACUGUAACACCUGCCCGGUGGGGUUUUAAGGGCUGCAGCCUUGAAUAUCUUGCUUGUCUCUUAACACCUCCUGUGCUGCAGUGCUCCUCCUCUCCCUCCUCCUCAUAUUCUUCUUAACAGAUUAAGAAUUAGCUGCUUUAUAUUGCAGUAUUAUCAUGGUUUGGGUUGUUUUUAUUUAAUGUGAUUUUUAUGUCAUCGUACGAGGUGUCUCAACUCUGUCGUCUGCAGUUACGUAAAGGUGAACUUUUCUUUACCGACUUUCUUUACCGACUGAAAGCCACCGUGUGUUUGUUACCGAGGGGUGGAGCAUUUGUUUAGUUGGUUUUCUGCCUGCUCCUCUGUUUCACACACACAUUCACACACAGCAAUAUCACUCGGCCUCCUUUAUGUAUUUAUGUUGGUAUUUUGUAAACAAUAAAAGGAGAAAAAAAAUCAGGCUUCCUUGUUAUCUCUAAACAUUCAGUUAAGGUUUUUUUGUUUCCUUUAGGUCAUUAGGGACUAUUUUUGUCUUGUCAGGUAAUUUUUCCCUCAAUGUUUGGCCACCAUGUUGGUUGUGUUUCCACAAAAUGUGAUGACUUUUUGGAAAGAAGUGUUUCUCUUGAAAAAUAUCAAAUUCAACAAGACACAUGGAGAUAAAUUUACUACCCUUUCAGGUCAUUGGAGGACAGAAAAGUCCUCGACUAAAACCUGGUAUCUAAAAACAUCACAGGUUAAGAUUUUUUUAACUUUAGCUUUUUUUUUAUUUCAUUUUACAUUGCUCUGCUUCACUCCUAAUCAAAAAUACCAAAUAUGUAAUUACUUAAAUUAUUUUAACCUUUUACCUUCAAUGGUUUCAUUGAUCAGGAAAACGUACAACCUUAAGAGCAACAUAAAACUAAUUACACUCAUUUAUUUAACAAAAAUUAAACCAAAAUGAAAAAACUGUAAUGGAAAAUUAUACACAUAACCCUUAUAUUCUGCAAUCUCCAAUUAGUAUUAUUAAAACCAUGAUUUAUGUUUCACUUGUUUCACUGAGCUGAACAACCUGUACCCAGAAAAUAUUUAGUAAUGAGCUUUUCUUUCUUAUCACCAGGUUGAGCAGGGUCUGAAGAGAGUGUACUGAGGAUUUGCUUCAAUGACCUUGAUGAUAUCAUGUCAUGCGAGUCUAUAUUAACCCAGCCCAUGUGUUCCUCUGCGGACUCGCUCAGCCAAAGCUGUUUGACUGUGUGACUCCCAUUGCCUGAUCAGCUCUUAAUAAAAAUACU